UUUAUUUUUGCAGCUGAGAGAGCUUUAGAUACCAUGAACUUUGAUGUCAUUAAAGGCAAGCCAGUGCGUAUCAUGUGGUCCCAGCGUGAUCCGUCUCUACGUAAGAGUGGUGUUGGAAACAUCUUUAUCAAAAACUUGGAUAAAUCGAUUGACAAUAAAGCUUUGUAUGAUACAUUUUCUGCUUUUGGAAACAUCCUCUCUUGCAAGGUUGUAUGUGAUGAAAAUGGAUCCAAAGGCUAUGGGUUUGUACACUUUGAAACACAAGAAGCAGCUGAAAGAGCUAUUGAAAAAAUGAAUGGAAUGCUGCUUAAUGAUCGCAAAGUAUUUGUUGGAAGGUUUAAAUCUCGUAAAGAGCGUGAAGCAGAGCUUGGAGCUCGUGCGAAGGAGUUUACCAAUGUUUACAUCAAGAAUUUUGGAGAAGAUAUGGAUGAUGAGAGACUUAAGGAACUCUUUGGCAAGUUUGGACCUGCCUUGAGUGUGAAAGUUAUGACUGAUGAAAGUGGGAAAUCCAAAGGCUUUGGCUUUGUCAGUUUUGAAAGACAUGAGGAUGCUCAGAAAGCUGUCGAUGAGAUGAACGGAAAAGAACUGAAUGGCAAACAAAUAUAUGUUGGCAGAGCUCAGAAAAAAGUAGAAAGACAAACAGAGCUGAAGCGCAAAUUUGAACAAAUGAAGCAGGACAGGAUCACCAGAUACCAGGGUGUAAACCUUUAUGUGAAAAAUCUAGAUGAUGGAAUUGAUGAUGAACGCCUACGCAAAGAAUUCUCACCAUUUGGCACAAUUACUAGUGCAAAGGUCAUGAUGGAAGGUGGUCGCAGUAAAGGUUUUGGGUUUGUCUGCUUUUCUUCGCCAGAAGAAGCAACAAAAGCAGUUACAGAAAUGAAUGGUAGAAUUGUGGCCACCAAACCACUAUAUGUAGCCUUAGCCCAGCGUAAAGAAGAGCGCCAAGCCCACCUCACGAACCAGUACAUGCAGAGAAUGGCAAGUGUAAGAGCAGUGCCCAAUCCAGUCAUCAAUCCUUACCAGCCUGCACCACCUUCUGGUUACUUCAUGGCCGCUAUUCCACAGACACAAAACCGUGCUGCGUAUUAUCCUACUAGCCAACUUGCUCAGCUUAGACCAAGUCCUCGCUGGACUGCUCAGGGUGCCAGACCACAUCCUUUCCAGAACAUGCCAGGUGCCAUCCGCCCUGCAGCUCCCAGACCCCCAUUCAGUACCAUGAGGCCAGCAUCAUCACAGGUUCCACGAGUAAUGUCAACACAACGUGUUGCUAACACAUCAACUCAAACCAUGGGUCCACGUCCAGCUGCUGCUGCUGCUGCAGCCACUCCAGCUGUACGCACUGUUCCACAAUACAAGUACGCUGCAGGUGUUCGCAAUCCUCAGCAACAUCUCAACACCCAGCCUCAGGUUGCCAUGCAGCAGCCUGCUGUCCAUGUGCAAGGUCAAGAACCUUUGACUGCUUCCAUGCUGGCCUCCGCUCCACCACAGGAACAAAAGCAGAUGCUGGGAGAACGCCUGUUCCCUCUUAUUCAAGCCAUGCACCCCACUCUGGCGGGUAAAAUCACUGGUAUGCUGUUAGAGAUAGAUAACUCCGAACUCCUCCAUAUGCUUGAGUCUCCUGAAUCUCUUCGUUCGAAGGUUGAUGAAGCUGUAGCCGUACUGCAAGCCCAUCAAGCUAAAGAAGCUGCCCAGAAAGCAGUUAACAAUCCAGCAGGCGUUCCAAGCGUCUAAUUUACAUCCAGGACUACUUACUAUAAUUUCGCUUCACCGAAGAAAAAAAUCUAAACAUGGAAAAACUACUAAAUAUUGAGAAAAACAUUGCAAAAUAUAAAAUAAAUAAAAAAAGGAAAGGAAACUUUGAAGCUUAUGUACACAACCAAUGCCAGGACUAGCAAAACAGUCCUAGAUUACCUAUUGAUUUAAAAUACAAAAAAAAUAGCAAAAAGUUUAAAAAAAACAAAUUAAUGUUUUAUAAAACCCGGGGGGAAGAAUUUUCAGCACAUUACAAAAAAUUUAAAGCAUUCCUUUCUUUAAUUUUGUAAUUUACUGUGGAAAAGCUCAGAAUAUCACUACUGUUGUAGUUAACAGUAAGGAUUGAUAGCUGAGCAAAGAACCAUAAUUUGGAUUAUAAAAUUGCUUUAAUAAAAAUCCUUAAACACUGA